GGCAUUCGACCAGACCACUUCAAGUUCUGACAAUGGAAGGAUCUGACAAGAGCUGUAUUCGUACUGCAGAUAAUUCACUACCUUUCAGCCAGAAUAUAGAGGAAUUAAUUGGAGGUGAGGCAGAAGAUGUUAACCCUGCUGGUAAGACUUCAUCAGAAGAGAUGGAUGAAUCAAAUAUGAACUGUGAUCCUUUAGUUGGAGAUGAUUGGGCUGAUGACAUCACAGUGCCAUCUGGUCAGGUGAUAUCACCUGAUAUAUCACAUGAUGUGUCACAUGACCCUGAAGGUGAAACACUUUCACUUGUAGCACAAGACCACUAUCCUGAGAUAAUGAAACUCCAUGACAAGGUCGUUGACACUGGUACCUCUGUAAGUCACCAAGACAGCAUUCACACUGAUCUGAAAGGGCGUCAUCCUGAAGAACUUCUUAGAUCACCUGAUCGGUCACAUGACAGAAGUGUUGGUGUAGGAGGGGAAUCAACUCCGUCACAUGAUGAGCCAUAUUUCCCUGUAGGAUUUGAAAGGAGCCCAAAUGAUAAAUGCGUUGAAAAAGAAUGGGUACCCACUGAAGAUCUUUUAAGUGAAAAAGGAAUGCAAGAUAUGAACAAGGAUCCUGUUCUUGUGGCAGAACCUGAAGAGGACCGGAAACAAGAUGACAAAGGUGCCCAUCCUGUGAAUGCGGACACGGCCCAUCACUAUACACCAUUAAAAAAGAAACAAAAGAAGAAGAAAAAAAGAUUGAAGAGUCCUUUGUCACAUUAUAAAAAGUACCACACUGGAUCUGGAGAAAAGGUUUUCGGUUGUGACGUCUGCGGGAGGUUGUUCAGCAACCGAAGCAACCUGACCGUACAUACACGCAUCCACACCGGAUACCAGCCAUACUCCUGCAGUGUUUGUGAGAAAGCUUUCAGGAAAAAUAGUGAUCUUACCAGACACAUGCGCAUACAUACAGGAGAGCAGCCAUACACUUGUGAUCUUUGUGACAAAAGGUUUAGGUCCCGUAAUGCUCUUAACUACCACAGUCGGACUCAUACAGGAGAAUUGCCUUAUCCUUGUGGGAUCUGCAGAAGACGCUUCAAAGACAAGAGAAGUCUAAAUUGUCACUUUAACGUUCAUAGACAAAAAGAAAGUAACCAGUCAGCUCGAUUUGAUAACCAAGAUAUAGGACAAGUGCUAAGCUGUGAUAAGUGUGGUUUGUCUUUUGAGGAUGAAAAUAGUCUUUUAAAUCACUUUGCUAGCAAUGAUGGCCAUGAGGUAUUUCAUUGUGAUAAGUGCAAGAAGAUCUUCACCACAGAGUUGUCCUUUUCUCGACAUGUCAAGUCUCAUACAUCAGAACUGCUUCAUCAAAGUGAGUUUUGUGAUGAGCUUUUCAAAGACAAAUCCAUGCUGUUGAGUCAUGCCGCAGAUGAAGAGGUAGAAAUGCAUCCUUGUGAGGAGUGUGAUGAAACCUUCAGAGACAUCAGAACCUUGAACAGGCAUAGGGAUUCCCAGCACUGCAUGGAACAGUUUCACCAAUGUGGUAUAUGUGAGAAGACAUUCACGCAACAAAGCCAGCUGAUCUUCCACUUGAAGUCCCACCGAAGUGGCCGCAAUAGGUGUAUGGUGUGUGACAGAGUGUUCACAAGGAACGCAAGUCUGGUUCGUCAUAUGAGGACACACGGUGCUAAAGGUGACCUGAUGGACAGGAAACAGAAUGUACAUAUAGAUGAUAAUAGGGGUCACAUUGAUACUGAAAUAUACCAUUGUGAUAUCUGUGACAAGUCAUUCGGAAGUGAGGCACUUCUCGCUGGUCACAUUGAGUACCACAAGAGGCAGGAGCCUGUCCACCGAUGUGGUAUGUGUGAACAGACGUUUCCCACUAGCGCCAUUCUCCGGCAGCAUAUGGAAUCCUCUCAUACAGUGGACAAAUCUCAUAAGUGUGGGGUUUGUGAUAAGACAUUUGCACAGGAAAGCCAGUUGACCUUUCACCUGCGGUCGCACAUGCCUGAUCAGCAAUCCCAGUGUCCAUUCUGUGAAAGGUCCUUCACGACAACCAGUAGCCUUACCCGACAUCUCAAGAAACAUCCUCAGGCAAAAGGAUUCCUGUUGAACAUCAGCAAAGACCUCAAAGGGAGAAUGAAAGAGAAGCAUCAAGUGAAUCAAGUAUUCCGUUGUAAUUUGUGUCAUAAGUCCUACUUGGAAGAAAGUAUUUUACUGAAGCAUGUAAAAACCCACAACAAUGGAAGCUCUGAAAUGUCUGGGGAUGAUGUUGCUUUAAUAACUCAAAGUGUAUCCCUGAAGGAUCACCCUUACCAGUGUGGGAUGUGUGAUAAGACAUUGUCUAAUGAAAAUCAGCUAAAGCUUCAUCUAAGGUCACACGUGAGGGGACGGUUUCAGUGCGCACUUUGUGACCGAUCUUUUACCACAAACAGUAGCUUGACGAGGCACAUGAAAGUCCAUCCCGACGUACCACGAGAAAACUUGCCAAGAAAAGCAAACCAGAUCCCCUCAGAAAAUGCAUCAAAAGAUGCAGCUGACAAGUUCUAUCAGUGUGAUGAAUCAUUCUCCUGUAACAUAAGUCUUGGACGUCAUAUGAAAAAGCAUGCUGGCACGCUUGGCAAAGGUAUCGAGAAAAGAUCGAAUCAUAGAAAAGCUUUUGUAGGCCACUCUCAGAGCAUUCAUCAGUGCAAGAAAUGUGACAAGAUUUUCAGCGAUAAGAAAUCCCUUAAGAUUCAUCGCCAGAGUCAUUCAGAGAUUCUUCCUUACAAAUGUGGCGUCUGUGAGAAGGCAUUCUACCAGAGCACCCAGAUCGCCAAGCACAUGCUGACCCAUUCAAGAUACCAACCUUUCAAAUGUGACUUAUGCGACAAGUCAUUCUGCCAGAGAGGGGGUUUGAACCGCCACCGCCGUUGCCACACGGGGGAGAAGCCCUACAAGUGUGAUCACUGCGAUGAGAGCUUCCGAGAGCGAAGACAGCUGAUCUGCCACGUUGCUAUCCACAAGGGUGAGAAGGCAUUCUCUUGUGAGGUCUGUGGCUGUUCUUUCAACCAUGGUAGCUCUCUUUCGCGUCAUAUGGCCUCUCACUCCGGGGAAAAAAAGCACCGAUGUGAGGUAUGUGAUAAAAGGUUCUAUCGGAGUGGUCAUCUAGCAAGACAUCUACUUACUCAUGCAGCUGUAUAAUAGAUCUAUGCGGCACUCUAGCCAUCUAUCUAUCUAACCCUUACCCUAACCCUUUGAACAUCUGUGGAUAAUUAUUCAUGAUAUAACAAAUAAUUUCCAGUUCAGGGGAAAAUGGUUAAUCUUAACCAGAUGUUGAUGACCAAUCAGAAAUGCUAGAAGUCUGUCCCUGUGAAUGUCCUAAAUGAAGAACAAAAGCAAUUUCUUGGAAGUUUUUACUACAAGCACAGCCACUGUGGAAAAGUAGUGUCAUUCAAUUUGUUUCUAUUGAACAUAAUUAUUUUCUCCAUUAUCUCUGAAGAUGUUGCUUGUCUUUGUGCGAGCUCAACCCAUUGUUAAAUACACUUCCUGUGAUACAUCCUGAGACAAGCUGCACCUUGAAAGAUAAUGGAAAAAUGUAAAAUUUUGUGUGCAAAAUGUCUGAAGAGUUGUACAACUAGUCCUGUCCCUUUGAAGCAACGCGGUAAAUUUGGGGGUCACCUGAUAUAUUAAAUUGAGAUUGACUUUUAAACUUUCAUUUUUUUUUUUUUAUGAUAUAUUUUUCUGUUUUAUCCAAGGGUUUCAUUUUCUAAAAGAGGCCCCCGUCUUACAAAGAGUCGUGAUUGAUUCGAUCAACCACAACUAUGGAAAGUCAGUAAUGUCAACAUAUAAAAAUGCAUGUUUGUUCAAAAAAAAUUCUAGAUAUGAUGUAUAUGUAUAUUCAUUGUUUUCUUGACAACUAGUGCGCUGCCCUUUCUUUGCAAAAGGACAUUGCGCAAAUUUCCUGUAGGAAAAAUUACGACAUUGAUGGAUUUUCAUAUAGUUCAGGUUGAUUGGAUCAAUCACAACUCUUUGUAGGGAUCCUGGAGUGCCAAACCCAACAAACGUGGAGCACUAUGAGUAUAUAAUAACUGACUAUCGAUCAUUAAUACCAUUUUGUUACAUGUACCUUAAACAGUAUUUAAUCAUUGCGUUAAUGAUGAAUUGUACGGUAACUCUAAUCUGCCAAAUUAUUUGCCAACAAUCUGUGGAAAGCCAUUAAAGUGUUAUUUUCAGACAUGCAGUAUAAUUUGGAGUGAACUUUUGCUAUUUCUCCAUGCUACAAAACACAAUCGAUUAGAAGGAAUGAAUACCAUCUAUCUAUUUUGUGCAAUAGUGUUAUUUUCUAUCAUACAAACUUAUAAAUCUUAAAAUUGUUUUAAAAAGUUUUAUUUAAAAGUAUUGAAAAUCAAUAAAAAGUAUUUUCACCGCCAUGGUUAGAAAUCAUUUAAAUUACAAAGUUGCAAAAAUAUUGUUUGAACAAAGAGUAUAUGAAAUAACAGACAUAUAUUAUCAGAGCAUUGAUUAAAAAGUAAAGGAAAAGCAGGCACACAAACUGCUUAAAAAAUUACUUUGCCUUGUCAAUGUGCGAGUGCCCGAAAACAAGGGUGAUACAUGCUUAUGUUCUACGACAGGAUCAAUAUCCUUUCUCUUAUGCAGGGAUUACCACAGUUGAUGGUAGAUACUGUGUCUAUGACAUUUUGUGAUCCUUUGCGGUGUUCUUGCUACUCAGUAUCAGUGCUGCCAAUAAGUAGGAUUUUAUCAUAUUUACAUGAAGUAGGAUUUUUAAGGGGAAAGUGACACUAAAUAGGAUUUUUCACCUAGAUAUAGGACUUGUGAAACCUGUAAGAAUUGUCAUUUUUGGUACGUUUUUCAAAACUUUAAGCCUGAAAAUUUUGAUUUUGGGCUUGAAAAUAGGCUAAAAGAGUGAAAGACAUGAUUACAGUAUACACAGUAUU